AAAGAUAGAAAGAGUAAAGCAAAAGCAGAGAGAAUAAACUCUCUUAAUUCGCUUCUUUGCCAAGCAAACUCACACAAAACCUUCUCAAUUUCUUUAUUUUUUCUUCUCCUUAAGCAAACUCAUCAAAAAUGUCUGAUUCGAUUCACCGGAGAAAAGCUCCGACUCCCGUUGGAAAUGGUGGCCGGAGCUCUAGAACGAGUCGACGUACGUCUUCACGGUGCGUUUCCGAUAAGAAUAAUCGUUCCAAAUCGACGAAACACGUUUUCGAGAGAAGCUUCUCGGAGCCGAGCCUCAUCAAUCGUCGCCGUGAAGGAGACAGUAGUGAUUUGCGGCGACCGUCUCCGAUGAGAGGUUUGCAGACGGAAGAAUCUCAAUCUGAACCGAUCGUUUACUUGCCUAGGAUUCGCUCUGAGGUUUUCGCUUCUUCUCCGACGUUAACGAGCUUAUCUUCGCCGCCGUCGUCUUCAUCUCCGAUCAAUCAAGAGGGUAAUAAAAGAGAAGCACCGAAAGUAGUAAUCAAUGUAGCAGUAGAAGGAAGUCCUGGACCUGUAAGAGCAAUGGUUAAAUUGAGUUCCAAUGUCGAAGAAACGAUCAAGAUCGUAGUGGAUAAGUACUGCGAAGAAGGACGAACACCGAAGCUCCAUCGAGAUUCUGCUUUCGAAUUGCAUCAGUCACAUUUCAGCAUCCAGUGUUUGGAGAAAAGAGAAAUAAUCGGAGAAUUAGGAAGUAGAAGCUUCUACAUGAGAAAGAAAGCUCAUGAUCAAACCGGAGGUUCGUUCACUAAGAUAGCUCCGGUGAGAACUAGCCUUAUUCCGUCGUCAAAUUUGAUCGGAUCGUGCAUAGCUCAGUUCAUUGGGAAAAUCAUAAGGAGAACGAGAAAGAUAUGGAACAUAUUGGUAUGUGUGCAAUGAGAUAGAAGACCAAAGUACACUUUUGAGCGUGGCACAUAAAAUAUUUUAGUUUGUGUUGUUGCUUCAGAAUAAUCAAGAGCACUUCAUUGUUUAUAUAAAAAACUGUGCUAUAUAUAUAGUUUACAGAUUUAUUAUA